AUGGAAUACCAGCAUGCUAUUGUCCCGCCCGGGAAAGGUGGUUUUACAGCAUUUGACAGUGGCGUUGACGAGAGGACACUGUGGACUUAUCGAAUCCAGAGAGUUGCGGCUGUCAUUGGCACAGGCAAUGUUCACCUGGCUGCGCUCCUGCUUUCCGGGACAGUGUUGCUUCUAUCGCUAUUGUUUAACUCCCCUCGUGGAAAAACUAAGAGUUAUGUGUCCCUUCCCUAUGCCCUGAUGCAUUUCAUUGCAUCUACGGGGGCUUGCUGCCUGAGCUGGAUCGAGUUCCGUGAUUCGGGGAACUGGAAAUGCCCCGCCUUACUGAGCUACGUCGUAGCGCUGGGUAUUGUACGACCAUGUUGCAGAUCCCACAAGCGCAAGGUUCAGGUAUAUCGCCAUAUGAGCUUGGUGACUACUGUGGCUUUGCUUCUGGGAAUUGUUCAAGAUUUACUUCCUAUGAUAAUCUUCAACUCAACGUAUCGCCCAGGCUCUUUAGAGAGUGCCUUGCUAGCUUGUCUAGCCGUGGUGGUGGUACUGGUACUGGCUACUCCUCGUCCAAGAUGCCCAUUCAUCCCUGACGCAGAAAGCGACAAACCCGCUAUAGAGGAAUCACCGGAAGAGACGUGCUCCCUGUUUUCAUACUACUGCUCAUACGAGUGGAUCACGUACGUGAUUCUGCGAGGUUUCCAAAGAGACCUAACCAUGGACGAUUUGCCUCCUUUGCCAACAUACGACGAGCCACUUAAAUGGCUUAACAAUAUCAAAAAGCAGCGACUCAAAGGUGGAAAAACGUUUCUCACGCUGUACAGGUUGCUCAAAAAAGAAGUCAGAACCAUGAUGGGCUGGGCUGCAUCUACGGCAGUGGUAGAGUUUCUCGCUCCGUAUUCGAUGUUGCGAUUGCUAGCAUAUCUGGAGGAUCCGUCGGAGGCUGUUGUUCAUCCGGCUCUUUGGAUUGUUUUGCUCUUCAUUGGGCCAAUUGUUCGUUCACUUUGCUAUCAGCAGUACAUCUUUACCGCCACUCGACUUCUUGUCCGCGUCAACAUGUCUUUAGUCCAGGAGAUCUAUCAGACAGCCAUGAGAUCACACAUUUAUGACGACUCUGUCAGAGACCCAGGUCACAAGGAACAAUCACGACGAACAAAAGAGUCAACGGCGCCAAAGUCUGGCCAGGCCAAUUUAACGAGUCUGAUGUCUUACGAUGUCGACGCGAUUUACAAUUCACGGGAUAUCUUCUACGUCGCAACAGCAUGUCCAGUAUCGACCACGAUUGCCAUGGUUUUUCUAUACCAGAUGCUUGGCUGGCCUUCGCUUCUGGGUGUCGUCGUUCUAUUCCUACUUACUCCUCUCCCUGCCUUGGCUUCGCGCAAGAUAUCGCGCAUUCAACAAUCUGUGCUGCGUGCGACUGAUGUUCGUCUUUCGAAGAUAUCCGAAUUCUUGAACUCAAUUCGGACAUUGAAGUACUUUGGGUGGGAGCCUGCCGCGAUAAACACGAUCAACGACAUUCGGGGCAUUGAACAGCAACGUCUCUGGAGACGCAGUGUCCACGCCGCUGGAAUCUCCAUGGCCGGGGACCUGUUGCCUUUCAUCAGCUUACUGGUGAUGUUUUCUGUCUUUGUUCUUUUCACAGACAAUACUCUUCGCGCUCCAAUUGCAUUCACCUCGCUGUCGAUCAUGGAGACACUGCGAUCCCAGUUUGUCUGGCUUUCGAAUAUCAGUCGAUUUUCUGCGCAGGGCGCUGAAUCCCUCCGACGUGUGGACAGAUUCUUCGAGUCUGCUGAAGAGAUACAGAGACAUCCCGAGGGACCGUUGGAACUGAAGGAUGCUACUUUUCGCCGGACUCCAAUUGCUGCAUUCAGACUGCGGGAUAUCACCCUUCGCUUCAAGCAGAAUGCCCUUAAUGUUCUUACUGGUCCGACUGGUUGUGGAAAGACUUCCCUAUUGCAGUCCCUAUUAGGCGAGACUGUUCUGGAAUCUGGAAGGGCAACCGCACCCCGGGAUAUAGCAUACGUUCCCCAAGCACCAUGGUUACAGAACGACACUGUUCGGCAAAACAUCCUGUUUUACAGCUCCUACGACGAGAGUCGCUACAACAUUGCCGUCGAGGCAAGCGGCCUAGCACAGGAUUUGCAGCAGCUUUCACUUGGCGAUUCCACUGUUGUGGGCGAGAGAGGAACAUCGCUUUCUGGAGGACAGAAGCAGCGGGUAUCAUUGGCCAGAGCUUUGUACUCACGAUCGUCGACACUUUUGCUGGAUGAUAUAUUCUCUGCCCUUGAUACGCAUACCACGAGUCUUGUCUAUAAGCGAUGCUUCCGCAGUGGCUUACUUGCAGACAGGACUGUUGUUCUUGUUACGAGCUUGCCUGUUGCAUUGAAGGAUGCAGAAAUGGUGAUUCGCUUGGAACAUGGGAAGGUUGCUUCUGUACAAUCAUCCCAGCGAACUUCUCAAGUUGCCACGCCAAGUGUGGGAGAAAUCGAGACCGGAGCUAUUCUUUCUAGUGCUCCAUAUGGGACUCCCCAAGAGAUGGAGCCUCUGACAGAGCAUGUAAUAUCCAGUGACCCUGUUCCAGAACAAGAAGUUGGCACAACAGGCAUGGCUAAAGAGACAACAGCCACUGGUCGGGUGCCUCGUACGCUCUUCUUCCAAUAUAUGGUCAUGUUUGGAGGAUUCUUCUACGCCGUGACAGCAAUUGUGGCCACUCUCACAGUACAAUUCGCAUACUUCGCCAUCACCUACUGGCUCUCCAUCUGGACAAGCGCCUACGACAAGUACGAGCAUCCAAACUCAAUAUUCUACCUAUCCGUCUACGCAGCGACAAUAAUCCUCUUCCUUCUCCUGCAACUCGCCAACAACCUCAUCUACCAAUACGGAGGCUGGGCAGCAGCCAAGAAAAUGCAUGCGAAGCUGGCCACCGCAGUCCUAUCAGCGCCUAUCUCCUGGUUUGACGAAAACCCCAUCGGAAGAGCAAUCAACCGGUUUGGAAAUGAUACACGCUCUCUGGACACAGUCCUGAUAGAUUGGCUCCGCAUGUCAAUCGAAAACUGGCUCCGAUUCCUCCUCCGAAUCGCAGGUAUCGUAUCCAUAAUGCCCAUCUUCGCCCUCCCAGUCACAAUCAUCUGCGCAACUGGAUUUAUUAUCGGAGAGAUGUACACCCGCGCACAGAUCUCAAUCAAACGACUCUGCUCCAUCAACUACUCCCCCGUCUUCUCCCACUUCACAGACUCACUAAGCGGCAUGACGGUUAUCCGAGCCCGCGCCGGUAUGGACGAAGUCUUCCAGGGCCUCCUUGCUGAAAAGCUAGCCGUGCAUACCCGCUCCGCGGAGGCGCAGUAUAAUUGCAACCGCUGGGUAUCUGUUAGAUCGGACUUUUGUGCUGCGUCUGUUGCUGCGUCUGCUGGAUGCGUGGCGUAUUUUAGGUCUGGGUCUGCUGGGUUGGUGGGCUUUUCGUUGACGAAUGCCAUUGGUCUGAGUCAGACUAUUCUUACGCUUGUGCGGACGAUGAAUGAGUUGGAGAUCGAGCUGAAUUCGUACCAGCGUAUGCGUGAAUAUGCAGAUAUCGAGCCUGAAGAACGGUUAGACGAAGAAGAACAACGGAAGAAAGCAGAAGCCAUCCCAGCCAGCUGGCCAACAUCCGGCCUCAUCGAAUUCCAAAAUGUCACAGCCCGCUACCAAAACGGCCCCGACGUCCUGCGCAAUAUCUCCUUCAUCGCACGACCAGGAGAACGAAUCGGUAUCGUCGGACGAACAGGAAGCGGCAAAAGCACACUAGGGCUCUCACUCCUCCGUUUCGUCAACGUUAUAGAAGGACGCAUCACGAUUGACGGUAUAAACAUCAAUAACAUCCUCCUAAACCGCCUCCGCAAAAGCGUCACCCUCAUACCCCAAGAACCAGUCCUCUUCUCCGGCGACGUCCGCUCAAACGUCGACCCUUUUAACGAGUCCAGCGAUACAGAACUCCGCGCAGCGCUCUCAGCAUGCACAUUCAUCCAGUCCCCGUCCCCCACAAAUGGCACAGAAGCCCCCCACCACCACCAGCAACGGCAAAACCUCAGCUUAGAAACCCCCGUCGCAACAAACGGCGAAAACUUCUCCCAAGGCCAGCGCCAAGUCCUAUCUCUCGCCCGCGCACUCUGCCGCCGCUCCAAAAUCGUCCUUCUCGACGAGGCGACUGCGUCUGUGGACCAGGAGACCGAUAUGCAUAUGCAGAAGGUGCUGAGAGGGAUGUUUGGGGAUUCGACGAUUAUUGCAAUUGCGCAUCGGUUGCGCACGAUUGUGGAUUAUGAUCGGGUGGUUGUUAUGGGGGGUGGGGGGAUUGUUGAGAAUGAUUCGCCGGCAAAGUUGAUUGAGAAGAGAGGUGUGUUUUGGGAUAUGUUGCGGAAUACGGGGGAGUAUGAUGAGUUGGUACAGUUGGUGCAGGGACAGUCAUGA